AUGUUUAUAUUAAAAGUGUCAGUUAUUGUUUUUUUUUUCUUUUUUUCUCAAAUGAUUUAUGCUGAUAAAAAUCAUAAAAUUAAAAAUGAUACUAAAUUAUGUCCAGAAAAUUCAAGUUUUGUUGAAUGUUCAAAUAUUUGCCCAGAAAUAACUUGUUCUUCAUAUAAGUUUAGAAAUUUUUGUAAAUCAUUAAGAUGUGGAUUACCAAAAUGUCAAUGUAAAGAAGGAUAUAUAAGAUUAAAUGGGCCAAAUAGUAAAUGUGUAAAACCAGAAAAAUGUUCAAAAUAG